GCCCCGCAGCUUCAUUAGCACCAUGCCUACUCGAUCAAAAGUACUGUUCUCAGAAGCUUCGGAAGCUUCAUGACCGGCGCGUCGUCUCGCUCAUAUAGGAGCCACCCUCCCCAACUGGCGCCCUAGCCUCGCGCCAGUUCCUCGUCCGCUGCCUCAAUCGCAAGUAUGUCUAAGGAAGGAACGGCAAAAGCGUUGGGAGCGGCCGCCAAGGCUCAGGCAGCAACGCCCCAUGGAGGCAAUCUGUUCGCGACCUCUAUCAUCGGACUCGACCACGCCUUCUUCGUGGGUAUGCCAACGGCCGGUCGCAUAUUGCUCUAUGUCCUUGCUGGUCUGUAUGCCAUAGGCAUCAUUUGCUUGCUCACCGGCUUCUUUGCUCGAUGGCGAAGAGGCGCGUUCUGGCUCGUCAGGCUCAAGACAACCCCGAGCGGCACGUUCAUUCGCCCCAACGCGACGGUCCUGCACAGUUUCUUCGCCUUUAUCUUCAUCGUAUUAGCGGAAGCAUACAUCUGGAAGAGCCUACAAGCACUCGAUGUCGGCGCCAAUCUCGACAGGAUCAUUGCGUGGAAGGGUCUCAUUUGGACACCGCUCUGGCUGUCUGGCUGGGCAGAAACAACAGGCGUCGCCAGUCAAUACCUGACAAGCUCCCGCGGCCAGCUCGGCGUACGCAAGUCUCGCAUUCCUGCCUGGGCGUUCAACACGGUCGCGCUCGUUAUGCCAGCCGUGUUGGUGGGUCUACAGAUGGGUCUCUUCAGCCUGGCCUCCAUCAAGUUUGAUCAAAUGUACUCGGUCUAUCUACAAACGCGCGCUAUCCUUGUACAGUACGAGCCAUCCUGGACGCCAGCCGGCGCGGCAACCGUCCAAGGCAUGGCGCUCUCGCAAGAGCUCCUACAUCUCACUGCCGUCAUUUAUGAUCGCCAGACGCCCUUCUUGCGCUGGUUCUCUGCCGGCUGGAUCUCACUUGCGGUCUGUACUGGCAUCAUGUACUCUAUUUAUGUGCCAUUUGUGCUCGUCCACGUUCGCGAUCUGAAGCGCCAGAUCGUGCACCUGACUGCUUCCGAGAGAGUCGCAGCUCAGCUGCCUUCCUCUGGUCACAUCUUAUCGAAACCCUAUCCUGCCGUCGAGAUGGACCGCACGCACAAUAGCCAGAACAGCCAGACGAGCUUCGGAAGUGACGAGAAGACGCUGUCGAGCGACAAGUCGCAUGCAUCGAAGCCAUCUUACAGUUCCUCAGUCACACCUUACGAGCUGGCCCGCGUGAGCUUGCAGCAGGAGGCACCGCAUGCCCUUGCUCGCGUGCCAUCGCGUUUUCAGAGAGCGCUCGGAAGCCACGAUGAUGGUCUGUCAUCUGCCGAGCGACACAUUCGCGCGCUACGACGCGCUUGCCGCCUACGACUGUACUCCGUCGUCGUCAUUACCAUCGUGGUCGCGUUAUACGCCGUGCUCGUGAUCUGGCUGGCCGUCGACCCGGCACAGGUCAUCAUGGACGAGAGCAGCUUCACCGUCAACACUGUCGCAUCUCUCAUGAUCUACUGCAUCCUCGGCCUUAUCAUGCAAAUCUUCUUCGUUCGUGCAUCGUUCGUCGACAAACGUGCGGUCGAGUCUUGCAACGCAGAAAACGAAGUUGCGCAUCUCGACAUUGGCCAUGCAUUUGCAUCUGCUCCUAUGCGCACCACAACGAGCGUUCUGUCCGCGCCGAGUCUCAGUCGGCAAGGUCGCCGCGCAGUCUCGCUUGCCGAUGCAGUCCAUGUCCACGUUCUGCAGGUUCAGAAUGUCAGCGAGGCAGUCAACGAGGCGCACGAGCUGCAUCGACCGGCCUUUAUUUCGCGCUCAACGGACUCCUUCCAAUCAUGCGAGACGACCGGUCGGGCUCUGUAAGUGAGAAGACUUUGGCUGUACAGUAUGUCUGUUUGCACGCCCACAGCGCAAUGCCUGGCCACUUCGCGACGUUGUAUAAACAUGAAGAAUGCAAUGCAAUGCAACACGAUUGAUCUACAUGCUC